GACGCGACGACUUCAUUUUGGGAUACCUAUCUAUAUUAAUAGUUAUAUUUAUAUGUUAUUAAGUAGAUUAUAGUAUUUUUAAAAUUUUGUAGGUACUUAUAAAAUAUAUUGUUUUUCUCGUAGGCCACUUUAACGAAUAAAAUGAAAUUAUAUUUUAUCUAAAAGUUGAAUUUAACCCUUUUUUAAGAAGCCCCCUGAAACAUGGACGUGUGUAGUAGUACAAUAAGAGACCUAAUAAUACACGAUAAUAUUGACGGCUUAAUUGAAUUUCUCCGAUCUGGCUUAAAUCCAAACUACGAAGGUGGGUGGCCAAUAAGGUUGGCUGCUCGACAUGGAUUGUUUGCUGUGGUAAAAUUGUUUAUUCAAUUUGGUGCAGAUCCUCAUUUAUUGAGUGGAACAGGGGCUUCUACGUUACAGCUUGCUGUAUUUUCUGGAAAGCACUGGAAUACUGAUAAUUGGAUAUUUUUACUUUCAUAUUGUGAUUCUUCACAACUAGCAGACGGAGCUGCAGUAGCAAUUGUGUUUAAAAAUGUUGUAGCAUUAAAACAAAUAUUGGCUACGGGACGAUGUAACGUACAUAUACCGACGUCUCUAACGGGAAAAACCCUUGACCAAUUGGCAAAAGGCUAUAAAGUAUCGAAUUGGUUAGAGGCACCGGGAUCAAGUCAUUUUCCCGAAAACGAAGCUAAUAGACCACUAAUAAUUACUACGCGUCCAAUAAACUCGAGGAACCCUUCACAACAAAAUAACACGUGCAGUAUCAAUUCAGCGGGUCGUGACGCUUCAGUUAGUUUACAGAGAUCCUCGACAAAUACCAACAAUGCAGUUCCGAAUUCUCCAAGAAACAUAUUGCAGCAAGAACCUACCUUGAACACAAUUUCACCUAGUAUCACUUCAAGAACUAGUAGACCGAGCAUGAGAUCAUCACCUCACUACACUGAUCGUAAUUUAUCACCAUCCGUAGUGAGAUUUUUCAAUCAGUCCGUAGGACAGUCGUCGCUGACUCCAAGACAAAAUAUAGUUAGGGUUUCCUCACCAACGUGCAACGAAACGCUGCGCCAUUGAUUUUAAAAUUCAGUUAACAUAAAGUAAUUGGGAGAGGAGUAUUUUAUAAAACUAAAGUAUGACAUGGUUAUGAUAGCUAUUAUUUUAAUAAAUAAAUAAACUGAUAAAACGCAAGAAUUAGAAAUUAUGAUACAUACGGUGAAGGUAUGAUUCGUUCCUUCGUAAAAUGAAAAUCCGCGUGCUUAGUGCGAGUUUUUUAACGUUCUCGAUAGCGUAAAAGUUAGCCCAAUUUUGUAUGCAGUUGGAACA